AUGACUGAGUUUUCGAAAGCAAAGAAAAUAAAGCUUGAACAAAUAUACACUGUAACAGAACGAGAUCUACAAACAGCUCAUGAGCUUAUUCAAAAAUUACAUGAAAAAUGUAGAGAAAAAGGAAAAAAACGAAAAGCAGCAUCGAUUAGAAGAUCUGAAUAUACACAUAAGCCUUCAGAGAUAACUAUUUCAUCAUGGAAAACGAAUGAUUGGGAUUACAAAAAAAGAGAAGUUCUCACUCCUGCUAGGGGUCUGUUCACGAGACAGACGGAUGAACAUCGAUAUGAAAUUGUUAUCCGUGGAUAUGAUAAAUUUUUCAAUAUUGGAGAAGUAGAAAAAACAAAAUGGGAGUCUAUUAUCGCAAACACAGAAAGUCCUUACGAAAUUACUGCAAAAGAAAAUGGUUGUAUCAUUUUUAUUGGUGGACUUCCCAAUGACAAUAUAUUAGUUACCAGUAAACAUUCAAUGGGUGAACUUCAGAAUGUAGUAAUUGCACAUGCUCAGAAGGGCGAAGAAUGGCUUGACAAACAUUUGAAUCAAGUGGGAAAAAGCAAGCAAGAUCUAGCAAGAUUUUUAUACACAAAUAAAUUAACCGCAGUAGCUGAACUUUGUGAUGAUUCUUUUGAGGAACACGUGUUGCCAUAUACUUCUGAACGUAGUGGUCUAUAUCUGCAUGGAUUAAAUUAUAAUACUGCCGAUUUGAAAACUUGCCCUAGUGAAUAUGUCAGUGAAUUUGCAAAAGAAUGGGGCUUUAUCCCGAUAAUAUAUUAUAUCAAAAAUAACGCGAACGAAGUUAAAGAAUUUACCGACAAGGUUAAACAAGAUGGUGUAUUAAAUGGAAGACCAAUUGAGGGAUUCGUAGUACGAACAAAGAUAAAGUAUACCGAUCAAGAUUUUUUCUUCAAAGUCAAAUACGAAGAACCUUAUCUCAUGUAUCGUGAGUGGAGGGAGAUCACCAAAACUCUUUUAAAUAAAAAAGAACCUAGAUUUACUUAUCCCACCAGUAAAUACUAUAUUAGUUGGACGAAAGAGAAAAUUCGAACAGAACCAGAUCUUUUCAAAGAAUAUCAACAUAAUCAUGGGAUUAUUCAUGUAAGAAAUCUAUUUUUAGAACAUUUGAAUAAAGAAGGCAUGUCUCAAGAUAUACCAGAAAGACGCGAACUGUUUAGGAAAACUUUGUUAGUACCUGUUGCGACAAUCGGAUGUGGCAAAACAACGAUUGCACUCGCACUUGCAUCAUUGUUCAACUUUGGUCAUAUACAAAAUGAUAAUAUAACUGCUAAGAACACACGUUCAGAAUUUCACAACAGUAUUUUAAAGGAAUUUGAAAACAAAGAUGUUGUGAUCGCAGAUCGAAAUAAUCAUCUUCGACAACUUCGCCAAACUUUGACAGAUUUCAUCACGAAUCACGAUCCAAAUAUUCGUAUUAUCGCGCUUUAUUGUAAUCAUAGUACUAAUCUUGACGAGAUCUUCCAAAUAACUUCACAACGUGUUGCACUACGUGGAGAAAAUCAUCAGUCGCUUACUCCUGAUAACCCCCAAUAUAAAAGUGUUAUUCGGGGGUUUUUGGAUACGUUUGAGCCUCUGGAUUCCAAUAAUGGCGUUGAUCAUUAUUUUAAUCAUGUCAUUGAUUUAGAUAUUAAUAAUGACGUUAGGACCAAUCUUCUAUUUAUUAUCGAAGAAUUGCGUUCAAUACUUGGUAUAGAAAAGCCGGACGAAUCACACAUUGAUGCAGCUAUCGAACUUGCAAUGAAUUAUAAACCCAACAUACGCAAAAUUGUUAAUCGCAAAGGUUCCAAUCGAAAGAAUUCCGCUAAACAGCCUAGGCCUUGUUAUUAUGGGAUCGCGUUUGACUAUGAUUUUAAUAAUUUCUUGAGAAAAUAUUUUCACGAUCAUCCAAAUGUGGACCAUACAACAUUCAUGACAUUAACACAAAAAAACCGGUUUAGACCUGAACAUCAUGUUACUCUUGUUCAUAUUGUGGAUUUUUCCUCUAAAGAGUGCAAAGUAUUGUGGAAGGAAUACGAAGAGAUGUGCGAAGGAGAACUUCCGCAGGUGCAAGUGUUUUUUGAUAAGCUAGUUUUCGAUUCACGCAUUAUGGCACUUGUUGUCAAGAAAAUUGAACCUCCAUCUGUUAAAAGCAUGAACAAAGUGCCGCAUGUCACUAUUGGUACGAUCGAUAGUUCAGUUAAGCCUCGAGAGACAAAUGCAAUGUUAGAAAGCGUUUUUGAUUAUAUGUUACAAGGAAAAAUCAAGAAAAAAGGGGAGGAUGUAAAAGUUAUUUCUUUGGAUUCUGAUUUAAUAAUUACAGGACGGGUUCAACCUUACUAUAAUUGA